CCAGAAACUUUGGUAGGGAGGUCACUCUAGCAACAGAUCAAUGUAAUGGGGGCUAAUUAGUGGUUUAUUAGGGGUCCUGCUUUGUUCGGAUGCACUUUGUUUAGACAGCAGGAAAAAAAAAAAAAAAUACUUCCAUGAAGAUGGAAACAAGAUGUAGCUGUAAUUGAAGUUACAUCUGACCAGAAGAUACCAGCUGCCACCAGUUUAAUUUGUUAAUAUUUAACCUGUAAAACUUCUCAGUACGCAACUAAUUUUAACUCUUUACAGGGGGAGGUACCAGUAUAAAAAGCAGUCCAGAUAAGCAAGGACACACUAAGGGAGCACAGUGCAGCUGAGAGGCUUGAACCAAGGUUGAACAAGUCACAUCCUUGAACAAGACAGCAGAGAUGGCCUCCUCCCAACUUCACCUCACUGUCUCCCUGCUCUGUUUGGCCAUGACAGCAGGCAUCAUAUCAGGCAGUCGAUCUCACAUGAUUGUGAACUCUGCGCUACAGGCAUCUCAUGGCACUUCAGCUGAUGAAGAGAUGCCAGAGAGAUACUCCCUUCCAGAGCUCCAGUGGUUGCUCAGUAACUCAGACCCAGCAGCCAUCCAGUCUGACAGCCCAUCUCUGGGAUUACUACAGAGUGGACUGGACCUAAUGAGGAGAGACAAUGGAGAAAAAGAGCGAAAGCCAGGCUGCAAGAACUACUUCUGGAAAUCCAGAACAGCAUGCUAACCACAGGGGGCCAAGAGGUUCAAACCAGAGACAACCACAAUCGACAUAUGCUCGUUCUCUUUCCUGAAUCCACACUCAUCAAAUGACAUUCACUGUCUUUGAAAGGAGUGAGCCUGAGUAAUUGUAGCCAUUAUCUGUGAAGAGUGUUCCUUAAUCUCAGUAUUAUCUUGCUCUGAAGCAUUGACUGCUUGCAAUAAACUGAAUACAGCAUAAAAAUGUCAGCCUGUG